AUGAGCGCGAGGAAAUUACAGCACGAGUUUGAUAGGCUAAACAAGAAGAUUAGUGAAGGGUUAACUGCAUUUGAGGAGAUUAAAGAAAAGAUACAAAAUUGUGAAGUACCAUCUCAAAGAGACAAAUUGGAGAAUGAUUUGAAGAAGGAAUUGAAAAAGUUGCAAAGAUCGAGAGAUCAGUUGAAGUUAUGGUUAGCAGAUAGCAAUAUCAAGCUAGAUAAGAGUCUUCUUCAAGAAAAUCGGACGAAAAUCGAGCAAGCAAUGGAUGAUUUUAAAGGGUUAGAAAGACACUCGAAAAUAAAACAGUUUUCGAAUGAAGGUUUGGAGUUACAAAAGGAGAUGCAAAAGCAGUCGAGGUUUGGUGAUUUGGUGAAAUUACAGGAAGCCUGUGAGUAUAUAUCUGGCGUUAUUCAACAGCUAACAAAUCAAAAUGAUGAAUUAGAUCGAGAAUUGGAGCAGCUAUCUCAACAGCUGAAGAAGAAAAAUAGCCACUCAGCACAAAAUUCUAUUGAGGAUGUCAAGUACAAGAUCGAUCGAAAUAAUAACCAUAUCGAUCGGUUAGAGGGAGUAUUGGACAACUUGGAGAAUGAUAGGUUGGACCCUGCUAAAAUCGAUGACGUAAAGGAUGAUCUAGAUUUCUACGUAGAAAUGAACCAGGAUGAUGAUUAUGUGGAGUAUGACGAAUUUUAUGAUCAGUUAGAAGUAGGGGACGAUGAUGAUGAGGAAGUUGAAGUUGAGGGAAGUUUAGCACAGAUGGCGGCAGAAUCGUUUGAGGAAGAAGAAAGGAAACGAUUAGAGUUGCAGCAAUUAGGCAAUCAGCAACUGGAAGCUACCAGGGCUGCUCAAACGGCGUCUUCUUCGUCGGCAUCAGUAUCGGCAUCAUCAUCUGCGCAUCCGCACCACCCACACAAUUCUAACGGAAAGUCAAUACAAACCGACGCUCAUGGACAUGUGUCUGCUGCUGCAAGUAAUGCAAACUCUACUGCCGCUACAUCUGUAAAGAAGGUGAAUAAGCAACAGAAUGUGGUACCGGCUCCGCCGCCAACUAUUAGUGGAAAUACAUAUUCCAAUGCAAUAAAAGCAGCGCAAGCAGCACAAAUAUCGAACUCCUCGGUAGCUGCGAGUACAAAUGCUAGUGCCAAUGCUAGUGCCAAUGCCAAUGCCAAUGUGUCGAUAACACAAAACAAUGCCCAGCAAGUUAACAGCAGCAAUAGUACACCAUUAGUUAGUAAUAAUGUGCCACUUGCUACAGCAUUGGCCACUACAGGACCCUCUACAGGUAGUACUAUUGCCACUACUGCUACUACUACACCAGUAAGAGUGGCACCUCCGGGCUUAGCGCAUGUAUCUGGCACGUCAAUGAGAUCACAAUCGGAAUCUCCGCUAGCAGCACAAUCCAAAAUGAGUGAGGGAGAUCAUUUACGGAAAAAGAUUUCAAAUGCGUCGCAGCUGUCUACAAUUACAAACAACAAUGUGCCAUAUUUCGGAGAAGCGAUGAACAAACUAGUCAGCAUCACAAAUAGUAGGUUGAAUGAUCCGUUACCAAUACAAUCGAUAAGCAACUUACUAGAGUCAUCCUUAUUGAACUGUCCCGAUUCCUUUGAUGCCGAAAAACCAAGACAAUAUACACCACGCAAUGUUCACCCUUCCUUAAUUGACUAUCCGCAAGAGCCAAUGUAUGAAUUGAAUAGCUUACAUUAUAUGCAAAAAUUUGAUGAUGAUUUAUUAUUUUUUUGCUUCUAUUACGGCGAAGAUGAAGGAAUGGAUAAUUUCGCAAAAUGGAAUGCUGCUAGAGAAUUAAAAAAACGAGGCUGGGAUUUCAAUAUAGAGUUGAGUCAGUGGUUUUUGAAGAACGAUAAAGUUAGCAAUGGCACAUUUAAGAGUAGAACUUCGUCAUCAGCAAUAUUACCAAGCACUAGCGAGACUUUUGAAAAUUGCGGACCUAAUUCUGGUUCUGGUUCCAAUUUCAAUUCCAAUUCCAAUUCCAAUUCCAAUUCUGGUGGUAGUCAUGAAGAAACAGAAAAUGGUAAAGCUUUCAGCAAAUACUUUGAUGAAAAAACUUGGUUAACACGAAAUUUUUACCUGAGAGUGGUUUAA